CAUUCAAUGAAGUUUGAAUUUUGGAAAUGGACGGAGUGCUUUUUGUAAAAGUUACUUUCAAAUGUGAGUCGGGGGGGUCUGCUUUCUCCUCACGUUUCUUGGUUCCUGUGCUGUGACGCAUGAGAUUUGUCUACCUUUCAAUCUGGUUCAAAUAAUAAUGCAAAGAUUUCCAUAAAAGUUAAGCAAAAGACACCACACUUUUCUUGGCAUGAGAAACCCAAAUACCUGAACAGAAACGAACUGAACAAUUCAGAGAUUUUGUGAGGGCUACCCGCCUUGGAGAACAAGGUGGGUGUGUGAAGAUUGAAUUGAUGUGUUUAAUUGUGAAUGCUGGUUUCAGUGAUUUGUUGGGAACCUAGAGUUGAGUCAAAAGGCCCAGAAAAUGAUUUGAGUUGAUGCUCAUCUUCUUUGCAGUUUUGGGGAGUUUUUGUAUCUGUGUUUGCAUUGGUUGCAUCUUUUAAGGCCUGUUUACUUGUAUGAUUUGUUGGGAAUUUAGGGUUAAAUCACAAAACCCAGAAAAUAUUUUGGUUUGAUUGUUCCAUUUUCUUUUCAUUUCUGGGGGGUUAUUGGAACUGUCUUUGCAUUGGUUUCUCUAGAACAAUUGCCCCCUUCUGUGUUGUUUGAGAUUCAAUUUUGAUGAGAUGGGGUGCAUGUUAUCAACGCUUAAUGAUUCCAGGGAAAAAAGGAGGAGGUCAAGAAAUGUUGGGGAGAUUGUUGUGUUUGUUCCCGGAUUGAGAACUCCUAAAGCUAUGGACUUCUCUGGACAACUUGGUGAUGGGUUGUCUAGGAGUUUGGUGGAGCGCCUAUCGGCUCUUAGGACUAGAAUUGUGGUGAUGGCUGGCGAAGAAGGAUUGGUGCCUGCAAAAUCAAGAAGAGUAGCCACAAGACAUGGAGGCUCGGCCAUGGCUGAUCUUCAGCAGGCUCUUGAAGAUUACCUCCCAGUUCUGCUGGGACUAGCUCAAAACGCACACCAGCUACAACAUAAAUUGCAAUUUGAUUGGAUAAAUCAGGAAGAUGACACAGAGGAGACGGCCAUGUCAAAUUGUUGGUAUGAGGUACUCUCGGUUUUGCACUUGAUGGCCAUGCUAUCCUUAUUGCAGGCUAACUUAUUGCUUCUUCCCAAAACACCUGCUGAUGGUUACCAGUCAACAGUAUCAGAAGAGAGCAGACGAGCUUCCAUCGAUAUUUUUCUCAAGGCAGCAGGAUAUUUAGAUUUUGCUAUCCAACAUGUUCUCCCUCAGUUCCCACCUGAACUCAGGAAAGAUCUACCAUUGGACCUGGCAGAAGGUGUGUUACGAGCUCUUUGCCUGCAAGCACUCAGUCAGGGUGUAGAUAUUCAACUUGGAAUGGCAAUUGAUAGUGUUAAAGCUACAACAGCAGUAAAGCGAAGGCUCGCAUGUGAGAUGGUAACAUAUUGGCAUCAGGCUCAACAAACCAUUACCAACUUUCCACUAGCAAAUGAAUGGGGGGAAAAGCAUAAGCUUUUUGUCACCUGGAAGUAUAUUGAAUCCAAGGUUGCUGCAUACUAUUAUCAUGGUUUAAUCCUUGAAGAGGGGAACAGUGAAAGAUCUCAUGCAAUGGCUGCAACCGCUCUACAAGCAGCAGAUGAAUUUCUCAGAGAAAGCAAGAAGGCCUGUGAGGCCUUCAAUGAGGCACCUCCUUUAUCAAGAAAUCCACCAGUUUGGGGGACAAUUAAAUACCUCCUAGAGAAGUUCCCCAAAGAUGCUUCAAGCAAGGUAAAAGAGAAGCAAGAUCCAUACAGUCAUGAAAGGAUCAUGCAGAUGGCUCCAGCAUUGCCAGAAUUUGCAUUGUCAUUGAAACCUGAUGAGUAUCGGUUUCCUCCGGUGGACCCAUCGUGGAACAAUGAGUUACAGGGAUCAAACUUGCCUUCAACCAGGUGACAAGGCAUACAGCAACUCAGACACGUCAAGAGAAAAGCCUAGCUGGUUGCCUUCGGCGAUCAGGAGCCAUUUUUUCAUCCUACCCUUAUAGAUAACUAGUCUGGGUAUAUCAGCAGACCGUAUGAAAAAUGCCUCCUAAAAGAAAUCGUUAAAUGUUCAUUUUCUUGGGUC